AUGCCAAAUCGACGAACAGCAACGUAUUCAGAAUUAUUUCAACGAUUAGAACAAGAGGCAACCAUGAUGGGCAAACAAUUCGACCCCCGCCAUAUAAUAUCUGAUUUUGAAGCAGCUUUGAUCCUAGUGAUUCGACAAAAAUUUCCAGCUGCAACACAUACGAGAUGCAUGUUUCACUUUAAUCAAAGUGUUCAUCGCAAAAUUAUGGACCUCGGAUUAGGUACCGAUUAUGCACAAGAUGCUUCAACACGUGAACAGUGCAAGCAAUUAAUGGCUUUAUGCUUAAUGCCUGUUUCUGAAGUGGAAUAUCAAUUUAAUCGUAUUCAUACAAUUGCAUCACCAUCAUUGGAUGAUUUAUUCAUGUACCUUUAUCGUCAAUGGAUAGAUGGACAUAUUCCGUUGUCAAUGUGGAAUUUUUAUGAUCUUAAUCAUCGAACAAAUAAUAUUUGUGAAGCUUACAAUCGACGAUUUGGAACACGUUUUAUGAAAAAAUACCCGAAUAUAUGGACUUUCAUACAGCUGAUCCAGAGUGAAAAUGCUCGUUGUGAACAUUUAAUAAUUCAACUUGAUGCAGGUGCAUCCUCUUCCAAACAAUCAACACGGAGAACAAUGUUUCAAAGUCGAUUUGAAACUCUCAAAACAAGAUUCAGCAGCAAUGAAAUUAGUGCAAAGAUGCUGUUGGAUAAGUUGGGAUUAUUAAUCGGUGGACACAAAAUAUGA